AGAAAAUGUCACUGGUAGAAGAAGGAGCUGAUGAUUACACCCAAGAUGGGACCGUUGAUCUCCGAGGAAAUCCUGUCUGUCGAUCGAAGCGCGGCGGAUGGACCGCCUGCUCCUUCGUCGUUGUGUUUCAAGUUUUCGAGAGGGUGGCGUACUAUGGAAUUUCGUCCAACCUCGUCCUCUAUUUGACCAGGAAACUUCAAGAAGGUACGGUUCAGUCAGCCAACAAUGUGACCAACUGGGUCGGCACCGUUCGAGCCACUGCCGUCCUCGGCGCAUACUUGGCAGACGCCCAUCUCGGCUGUUACUGGACCCUCCUCAUCGCAUCCGCCAUCUAUCUCAUGGGCAUGUUGGGGUUGACCCUGGCCGUCUCGCUUCCCGGCCUCAACCCUUCUCACUGCUCGGAAGCCAACGUAGACAAUUGCAAGAAGGCCUCCACAUUGCUGCUCACCGUCUUCUACGGCGCACUGUACAUGGUGGCGGUCGGGACCAGCGGGACCAAGCCCAACAUCUCAACCAUCGGUGCGGACCAGUUCGACGACUUUGACUCAAAGGAGAAGGCCCACAAGCUCUCCUUCUUCAAGUUGAGGAUGUUCAGCGUCUUCGUUGGGACACUCUUUGCCAGAACCGUCCUCUUCUAUAUUCAAGAAAAUGUGAGCUGGGCUCUUGGUUUUUUGCUCCCGACCCUCGCCCUCGCUAUCUCAGUUGCGAUCUUCCUGGCAGGCACCCCUUUCUACCGGCACCGGGUGCCUGCAGGUAGCCCGUUCACAAGGAUGGCGCAGGUCAUCGUGGCUGCCGGGAGGAAGUGGAGGGUGCGGGUCCCGAGUGAUCCGAAGGAGCUUUAUGAGUUCGACCCGCCAGAGUACGCCAACAAGGGCAAAUUCAAGAUCGGCUCAAUAUAAACCUUGAGAUUCUUGAACAAAGCAUGCGUCCAAACCAGCUCUACUUCUCCGUGGGAGCUAUGCUCGGUGACCCAAGUCGAGGAGUCAAAACAAAUGCUGUGGAUGAUUCCAGUCCUGAUCGCGACUUUCAUUCCGAGCUGCAUGGUGGCCCAAACCAAUACCCUCUUUGUCAUGCAAGGAACUACCCUAGAUAGAAGCAUCGGCAGCUUCAAGAUCCCCCCCGCGAGUCUAGCCAAAUUCGUGACCAUAUCGAAGCUUGUGUGUGUUGUGGCGUAUGACCGCAUCUUCGUCAAGAUCAUGCAAAGAUGGACCAAGAACCCGAAAGGCAUCGGUCUUCUCCAUAGGAUGGGGAUCGGCCUUGUCCUCCACAUCGUGAUCAUGACUGUGGCGUCCUUCGCCGAGAGAUGGAGGCUCCGAGUGGCUAGGGAACACAAUUUGGUUGAAUCGGAAGGACAAAUCCCACUGACAAUCUUCAUUCUGCUUCCUCAAUUCGUGCUCAUGGGAACAGCCAACGCUUUCCUGGAAGUAGCGAAAACCGAGUUUUUCUAUGACCAAGCGCCGGAGAGCAUGAAGACCCUGGGCACGUCUUAUUUAAUGAUCACCAUGGCGGUCGGCAACUUCCUCAGCAGCUUCCUACUAUCCACGGUCUCGCAAAUCACCAAGAGGCACGCCCACCACGGGUGGAUCCUAGACAACCUGAAUGCUUCGCACCUCGACUAUUACUAUUUCUUCCUCGCAGUGCUCAACAUCCUGAAUUUUGCUUUCUUCCUGUCCGUGGCAAAACUCUAUGCGUAUCGCACCAAGGUAUCAGGAUUGGAUGGUGGUGCUCGAGGAGGAGAAGAAGGAGCCGGUGCCGCAGAAGGCGGAGGAAGUGCUGUAAUCGAACUACUUGAAUUCAAAAAAUUAACCGAAGCCAACCAUGUUUGACUAAUCUAG